UGUUUUAAUUAUUAUAUUUUCCAUUUUUAAGUAUAUAUAAUUAUUACUUUAUUAUUGCAGUUUGAACACUUUUUAUUCUUGCUGGCACAUCGUACAAAGGUUGAAAUGACUGUACAACUACGAUAGUCAUCGUGCAUCUGAUACCCCUGGGCUGGCUGUGCAGGGCCUCUCCCUGCCAUACCAGCUAGCAAGCACUCAGGGAGCGCGGGCGGGCACGUAAUACAAGAUCUUUAUUCUCAUGAACGAGGGCAGAGGGCGGAGUAACUUCUCGCGUUGCUCACGCUGAGGCUUUGACCCCAACGUUCCGCGGUCGCCCGCCUCCCCGCCAGUCCUCCCACAAGGGACGUCAGCGACCCAUAAAAUUAACAGAAGCGGGAGCGAGCGGGGUGACGUCAGCGCGCCGGAUGCGGAAGUUAAACAUGCUGGCGCCGGAAUAAGGCCGGCACAGCAGCGCCUGCUCAGCGAUGGGCGCCCAAUAGCGCCGGGCAGGGGUGGGGGAGUGGAGGCGCCGCCCCGUCCUGGAGCUGCUGCAGCGCAGGACGAAAGCGGCAAUGGCGCGUGGUGCGGUAGCCGGGCGCGCUCUCCUGCCCCCCUGCCUCCGCCUCCUUCUGCAGCUGGGCCCGCGCAGGCCGGCAGAGGGCGGCCGCGCAGCGCCACGUGACCUCGACGGCAGCCGCCCCGCGCCACGCCGUUGCCUUGGAGACUGGAAGUGGCCGUACUUCUCGCCGCUGCCGCUUCUGCGCCUGUGCCCGCGCCCGGCGCGCGCCGGCGGCAGCAGUUGGCACCGGGGCUGGGCGCGAGGCUUAAGCAUCUCUGCCUCAUCCUCCUUACAAACUGACAGUGGCAAAGGGAAAUUUUCCUUAUCGGGGAGUAAGAAGCUCUUUUUUGACACUCAUGCUCUUGUGCGUCUCUUGGAAGAAAAUGGAUUCACUACUCUGCAGUCCGAGAUUAUUGUAUCUGCCUUAGUGAAAAUCACAGACACCAAUCUAGAUCUUAUUUACAAGGACAUGGUCACCAAAGUGCAGCAGGAAAUCGCUCUUCAGCAAAUAAUGUCUCAUAUUGGUGGUGUGAAAAAGGACAUGGUAAUUUUGGAGAAGAGUGAAUUUUCAGCACUCCGGGCAGAAAAUGAGAAAAUUAAACUUGAACUCCAGCAGCUGAAGAAACAAGUAAUGGAUGAAGUUACCAAACUUCGUACAGAUAACAAGUUAGACCUCAAUUUAGAGAAGAGCAGAGUAAAAGAACUGUAUUCACUUAAUGAAAGAAAACUACUGGAAAUGAGGUCAGAGAUAGUGGAAUUGCAUGCGCAGCAGGAUCGAGCCCUGACCCAAACUGAUAGGAAAAUCGACACAGAAGUUGCAGGGUUGAAAACAAUGCUUGAAUCGCACAAACUUGAUAACAUUAAAUACUUAGCAGGUUCAGUAUUUACAUGCCUUACUGUAGCACUGGGAUUUUAUCGUCUAUGGAUGUAAUAAAGUGUCUACUUAAAAGGACUUGUACUUUCUUGCCUUAUGAAAAUCAAGGAUAUUUUCACUUUAGCUACAAGAAUUUAUUCCUGACUGAAAAAUAAUGUUUAUCAUUUUAUUUAUAUUUAUUUUUAUAGCAAACUACAUUGAGAAUGUAACAAAAAUGUGCCUAGAAAAAAAAAUCUGUACCAUUUCAGUACCUAAUGGAAAGAGAAACUUGCCUCUGGUCAGAGCAAAGCAGAGAAUAUGCAGCACUGCCAAUCCCUUUGCAUCCUAAAUUGUAAUAUCUCCAUACUUUUGUAGUUCUAGGGUUUCAGUUAAGUAGAGACUGCCAGUCAUGCCAAAUUAAAUAAUGGCUCUUGUGGAGAAGUCUGCUAAAGAUUAUAUACCAAACUCUUCUGAGGCAUGCAUGCCUAAUGGUAGAUACUCGUAUCAGAGCAGAUUUUGAUCACAAAUUUUAAACCUUCUAGUACCAUUUUGUGACUGCAAGGAAUUCCUAGACCUAAUUUUAAUGAAAUGCAAGUUGAUUAACCUAGAGGCAUGCAUUCUUUUUCCCUGUGUUCACCUGUCCAUACUCUCUGUGCUACAAAUACGUAUAUUUAUAUACUUAUUAUAAAGAAAUAUUUUUUUUCUAUUUGUUAUGCUAAUUUUUAAACAUUAUGUGCAUCAUAGUUUGUUUUCCAGAUGGCCAUCCAAACAACUGUACUUCAUUUAAAAAGUGUUCUGUAAUAAGUGUCUUUACCACCUUCUUGUAGGUUUGGUAUGUAGUGUGCUAAGAGCUGUUGCAACUUUUAAAACACACAGGGCUCUGAAAUUCAUUCCCCAUAGCAGUUGUGAACUUGGUUCUAAAACUGAAACAGUUUUGGAGCAUAAUAACAUGUAUUAACUUGUAUUAUAUCUUGUACAAGUGCCUAGAAAAUGCUCUCUGUUGCUUCGUUCAUAGAAGGGAAUUGCUUCUUCUGCUCAUGAUAAAUUAAAGAUGGUUAAACUUCUGGGGAGAAAAUGCAAGCGUUUGAAUGGUGUAUGAUGUACUGGUAUGGGCUCAGCUCUUUAGUCACAAAUGGGAUGUCUGCACUAAACUUUUUUUUUUUUUUUUAAUUCUCUGGGUGUCCAAACAAUUAACAAAUGGUAGGAACGUUAGUGUAGACCACUAGCUCAAAGCAAGUCUAUGUGAAAUGGUAGGUCAUUUUAAUGUCUGCUCUGUUGGUAGCUCUUCCACUAAUGGUAGCAAUGGAAGAAAGUUACAGGUAAAACGGUAGAUUAUCCAGAGGUCUAGUCUUUGUCCGCUGACCAAUGAACUUCUCUCCCUGAAUUUGUUUGUUUGCCUUGUCUCUCUUUGGUAUAAUCUGAUGACAGGUGCGAACAUGCAAUGGUAGAAGGAGGCAUGAUUUGUGAGCCUGAUCCAGCCUGUUGGGGUAGCCCUGCGCUGUUCAUUUGGCCUAUGGACUGGCCCUGUGCCACUCAUCUGGCCCUGAAGGCCAAAUGAGUUUAACACCCCUAGUUUAAUGAAAUCAGGGGAAACUGAUUAACUUAGCCUAUAUUGUAGUAGCUGUAAUUUUCUCAUGUUAGAGGUUAUUGCUGGUUAGCCUCAAAUGAAGAGGCAGCCGGGUAGAAAUGGAGACAUCUUGAAAAAGAGUAAGGUAGUUGGGAUAUUUUUCAAAUGAUAUAUUGAAUUCAUUAAAAAUGCAACUUUAAACCUUUACUUAAAGCAAGAAGUUUAAUAAUUCUUGACAAAACAAACAUUUUUGUCCUUGUAGCAGGGACUCCAAAAUAGCUAAAUUUGAUGGUAACUCACAGUGAGAAACUAAGUAAACAAUGGGACUUUUAAAGUACAGUAAAGAAGAGGAUGUUCAACUGGCAGCAUAAAGGAAGCUAGCAUUGUAAAACAACAUCCUCCACCUCUCCAGCCUCUCUUGACUAUUUUAUCAGUAAAAAAUAUUACAAAAAAAAUUGCUCAAGGCAGUUGUAUUUGAAGCGAUGUGUAUGAAUGUAUUUAUAGUUUCACAGUUUUAAAAUGUCAGAAAAUUAUAAUUUAAUAAAUAUGUUAGAUGCAGUCUACUUCAGUAUUUGAGUAAUGGCAAAGAAGGAACUCUGUUUCUCUGUAACAAGAAUCCAUUUUGAUCAUCUGGAUGCUAUGCAGUUAAUGAGCAGCCGUUUUAGUAAAAUAGUGGGUUUUUAAGAAUUUAGACUUUGUCCACUUCUCAGCAGAAUCCAUUCCUAUAUUUAAAAUUAAAGGCAUUUUUAUAC